AAAAAAAGUUACAAGAUACAAAUCGCAUUACUAAUUUCUAAUCAACAAAUAAAUACCCCUUAUCAUUUCCACUCCGAUAGCAGAUAAACAUUCAAAUCAGUAGCAAAGGCAAUAGAGGAAUACCACGUGCUAACCUGUCAUUUCAAUUGCAUUUUAAAAUUCAUUAUUAUUUAGAUAUUAGAGAAAGAUGGCAUUUGAAUUCGGUGAAAAAGAAAAUCAACAAUUAAAUAAUAUUAGAACUGGUUUAAUUGACUUUGUUUCUGGAUCACUUGGUGGAAUAGCACUUGUAUAUGUUGGACAACCGUUAGAUACAAUUAAGGUAAAAAUGCAAACCUUUCCUUCCAUGUAUAAGGGAAUGGUUAAUUGCUUUUUACAAACAAUGAAAACAGAUGGAAUAAUACGCGGUUUAUAUGCAGGAACAGUACCUGCAUUAGUUGCUAAUGUUGCUGAGAAUUCAGUAUUAUUUGCUGCAUAUGGUGGAUGUCAAAAAGUUAUUUCUAACAUUUUAGAUAUUAAGAAAGUAGAAGAUUUGACAUCAAUGCAAAAUGCCUGUGCUGGAUUUUUUGCUGCAUUUUUCUCCUCAUUAACAUUAUGCCCCACAGAACUUAUAAAAUGUAAGCUGCAAGCAAUAAGAGAAGUUCAAAUGGAAACUAACUCAUCAUUAUCUGUAGUUAAGAAAAAAAUUGGACCAUGGGGAUUAACGCGUGAAAUUCUUAAAGAACAAGGCAUAAGAGGUUUAUUUACUGGUUUGUCAUCAACUAUAGCACGUGAAAUGCCAGGAUAUUUCUUUUUCUUUGGAGGAUAUGAAGUAACCAGAGAACUUUUAAGAAAGCCAGAUGAAAGUAGGAAUGACAUUGGAUGGCAGAAAACUAUGGUAGCUGGUGCUGUUGGUGGGACUGUUUUAUGGCUUGUAAUAUUUCCAGCUGAUGUAGUUAAAAGUAGGAUACAGGUGAAAAAUUUGAAAACUCCUGCAUUAGUAGUUAUGAAAGAUAUCAUAAGAAACGAAGGUAUAAAUUCUUUGUACAAUGGUUUAAAACCAACAUUAAUAAGGACAGUGCCAGCAACAGCUACAUUAUUUGUAACUUAUGAAUAUACUAAAAAAAUAAUGCUUGAUUUUUUUGAGAAUAGUUGAUAGAAAACAAAUAUAUUUUUUUAAAUAUUAUAGAAAUUAUAUAAAAUAGAUUGUAAUAAAUAUAUGUAAAACCAA